AAACGACCAGCAACGUCUGAACGGCAACGUUUUUGUCGGCAGCUGUUGAAGGGGUCAGGCGUUGUGCAGAGGGGCGUACGCAGGGGCGCCCGCCUGCCUCUGCUGGGGUGGGUGGCACUGGCCAUUCAGAUUCCCUGGAGCCGCCUCCUUCGGCGCGAGAUGUCUGUUCCAUUCAAUGCCACUGCCACUCUGGCUGACCUUGUGCUGCUAUCGAUUUCUGAAAUUGCAUAAAAAAAGCCCAAAAAAAGUGAAAAUGAGAAUAAAAUAAAAAAAAAUCAGACAGCAAAGGCAAAAAUCAAGUGAACUGCACACAAGUGAAGCUAUGGAGAGUCCUUGUGAGUCGGAGAGCUCCCUGGAUGGUGGCACAAUGCUGCCACCGAGUCCAGUUUCCCGGGAGCAGCUACAGAAGCGCAUCGAGUCGCUGACACAGCAAAAUAAAGUUCUAAAAGCUGAGCUGGACACGUCCAAGACAAAAUGCAAAGUGGUGCAGGAGGAGAAUCGCUUUUUGAAACAGGCAUCUGUUAUAAUCCAAGCCAAGGCGGAACAGGAGGAAGAGUACAUUUCCAACACACUGUUGAAGAAAAUCCAAGCACUUAAGAAGGAAAAGGAGACGCUGGCGCAUCACUACGAGCGCGAGGAAGAGUGCCUCACGAACGACUUGUCACGCAAGCUGGACCAGCUGCGCCAGGAGAAGUGCAAGCUAGAGCAGACGCUGGAGCAGGAGCAGGAGUGCUUGGUCAACAAGCUGAUGCGCAAAAUCGAAAAACUGCAAGCGGAAACAGAUAACAAGCAGACCAAUCUCGAGCAGCUGCGUCGCGAAAUGGUUGAGCUGGAGAACACACUCGAACAGGAACAGGAGGCGCUGGUCAACAAACUGUGGAAACGCAUGGACAAGUUGGAGACGGAGAAGCGCUCACUGCAAAUAAAACUUGAUCAGCCGGUCUCUGAUCCGACAACGCCACGUGAUAUCACCAAUAAUGCCAAUGGCGACACCGCCACCAAUUUGAGCGCACACAUCCAGACGCUGCGCUCCGAGGUGCUGCGUCUGCGCGCCAAUCUCGCUACCGCCCAAAAGGAGGAGAAGUCCAUCAGGGAGGAGAACGCCAGGCUGCAGCGCAAACUCAAACAGGAGGUGGAACGACGUGAGGCUCUGUGCCGCCAUCUUUCCGAAUCGGAGUCGUCGCUGGAAAUGGACGAGGAGCGCUUUUACAAUGAGAAUCUUAUGGCUGGCGGACCGACUGCUGCUGCAGCUGUAAAUGCUCAACGACAGCGUACCAUUAGCAGUCCCGUUUCGCACAGUCCCUCAAGCAGUCGUCCCCUUAGUCCCGGAACGGCCGGACAGAACCGUUGCUAUGCCUGCGGGCAACUUGUGAAUCGUCGCGCCAGCGAGCGCUUCAUCAAGCCAGCACUGCCUACGCCCAUGCUGGGCCUUAACACUUCCGCACCGAAUGUGUUAACCACCGCAAAUCCAUUAAUGGCCACCGGACCCGCUGGCAUCUAUGGCGGCAACGCAACUGGCGCUGGCGCUGGUGCUGGUACUGGCGCUGGUGUUGGUGUUGGCGGUGGUAUGGGUGGCUUUCUAUCGAAUCUUAGCAGCGAACGACUGAGCUUAGGUGGUGGAUUAACGCAGGGAACGGCACAUAAUGCCAGCGGCGGUGCAGGCACUUUUGUUGCCGGCGGCAUCUUAUCGUUGAAUAACCAGUUAACGGGCACAUCUAGCAGUGCCUCGUCCUCGUCGUCCAACUUGAUGAUGAACAAUUCGUCCAGCGGUAAUUUGGUCAACAGCAGCAGCAACUCAUCCCUUUCGGCUUUUACGCCCACCAAUCAACCAAGUGGUGCGGCCACGGCGUUUAUACAGCCGGCCAGCCCCAUGGAUACUUCCACAUGCAAGGAAUAGUUAGCUCUGUGGCCAACAUAUUUUCUCUCCCACGCUCCACACUCACACACAACACACACCACACACACGUACACUUACACACGCAUACUUACAUAUACAGGCACGCAAGCAAGCAACCAGUUUAACAAAGUAUAAAACACUAAAACCAUAAUGUAAGCUUCUCUCUAUGGAGCGGCUCAAAGUCGCAUCAUUUAUUUCUAUUUGAUAUCAAAAUCUCUUAUAGUUAUUGCGACAAACGUAAACACUUUCAAUUAUCUACGGUAUUCCUACACAUCGGUGGUGGCAGGAAUUACAAAUACUUAGCAUUAAUGUCUAAGAAUGAAAUGUUUUUUUUUUUUACUUUUGAUCAGUUUAACUAAAAAUGAAGAAAAGAAAGAAAAAAAGAAGAAAGUAACAGCAUAUGUAAAACCAAUUUCCCACUUUUUCCUCGCAUGUAUGUGGGUCUAAAAUUUUUUGAGUAUGUUUAUGUAAGUCAACAAAUAAAGUUC